UCUUAGAGUCAGUUGAGCAACUAUGGUCAGAUACGCUGCUACUCCUUCUAACCCCGCCAAGGCUUCCAAGUCCAGAGGUUCUUACCUCCGUGUUCACUUCAAGAACACCCGUGAAGUCGCCGCUGCUAUCAAGGGCUUGAAGUUAAGCAAGGCUUAUGCCUAUCUUAACAACGUCACCGAACAAAAGCAAUGCAUUCCUUUCCGUAGAUUCAAUGGUGGUGUUGGUCGUACCGCCCAAGCUAAGGAAUUCGGUACCACUCAAGGCCGUUGGCCCGUUAAGUCUGUCAAGUUCGUCGUUGACCUUUUGAAGAAUGCCGAAAGCAAUGCUGAAGCUAAGGGUUUGAAUGUUGAAGAACUUUUCAUUUCCAGCGUUGUUGUUAACCAAGCUCCCAAGCACCGUCGUCGUACUUAUCGUGCUCACGGUAGAAUCAACCCCUUUAUGUCUCAUCCUUGUCACAUCGAAGUUGUCCUCGCUGAAAAGGACGAAGUUGCUCCCCGUGCUGCUGAUAAGAAGGUCGUCAAGCUCAAUGCUCGUCAAUUAGCUCGUAACGCUCGUCUUAACCGUGCUUAAAUUUUAUUGUAGCUUUUUUUUUGUAUUUCCAGAAAAAUAAAAUGCGUUUCUUCAUAGCUUAGAUUAACUAUUAUGAAGGGAAUGGCUUUAGGUUGUUGCUAUGUUAUGAAGCUGGG